UUUUGUGGAUAUCAUGAUGAGACCGAACGCGUCUCAUGAACGAAAUUUAAUCUAGAAUUAUUUAAAACACUACUAUGCGCCGUGUUUUUGUAUGUAAAAAAUAUUGUUCGCAAUAUUUUAAAAACGUAAAAAGAAUAGCCUGGUACAUUUAUUACACAUUCUAACAAGCCAAAUGUGUUCGUACGUGGUAGCAGAUUAUAUGGACGAGUUGGUUGACUGCUUUGAGAGUUUUAUACAGAAAUCACUGCUGGCGAUUAUAAUAGCACUCGCUGUGAUUGUAGCCAGUGUUAUGUAUCUGUUAAAAAUACUCUCUGAACGUACUCUGGAGAAUUCGGCUUCAUUUGGUCUCCCAAGGCAACAUGAAAGUAGAAACAGUAGAGGCCAAAGAGCUACCAGUAAUACGACGAGCCGGGAGAGUCGAAGACCGAAAAAGAAUUGCAUUAAAAAUGACACCCAACAAAUUGCAAUGGCGCAUAGUGUACCGAGUUAUAAUGACAGUUGCUGUGCUAAACCAUGUUGUAAAUCAAAAACGAACGUCGCAGGAGUGGACAGCAAUACUGAGAUUCAAUUAUCUAACACCAAAUACGGUUCCAGUCCGAUCAUUAAACAAGAAAUGGAAUAUGAAAUGAGGCCAUCCAGAGCAACUAUACCACCAAUGCUAAAGGAAAUUAAGAAGGAAAAGUCAAGCAGAGCAAAUUCCAGUCCAAACCGAUCAGCGAGUCCAAAGCAUAGCAUAGAAUCUCUCACCAUAUGCCCAAGAGCAAUUGAUCGUGCAUCAUGCUGUUCAAUGUGUUGCCAGAAGGAAAAAUUAUAGUGUGUGUUUUGUUUUAUUUAAAUUUCAUGUCGU